AUGGCGACCUAUGCUGGGAAGCUGCCACGCCAUAAGUCGCCCGGAAGGCAUGGUCAUGCUCAUGCUCAUGUGUGGAAUCACAUUUUUAACUUCAUAAAUCCCGUGUCCUUAAAAUGUGCUGUUGAAUUAGGUAUCCCAGAUAUCAUUCAAAACCAUGGCAAGCCCAUGACUGUCACCCAGUUGGUCGCUGCACUACCAACGCUCAACCCUACCAAGGCAUGCAACAUCUACCGGCUCAUGCGUAUUUUAGUUCAUUCGGGCUUCUUUGCACAAAAAAAGCUUAGCAAUGACGCCCAAGAAGAUGGUUAUGUUCUUACCAGUGCUUCUCGUCUCUUGCUUAAUGAUAAUCCCUUAAGCGUUACACCUCUUCUGAAAGCUAUGUUGGAUCCUGUUUUAACAAAGCCUUGGGAUUUUCUAGGCAUCUGGUUCCAAAAUAAUGAUUAUACCCCAUUUGAUAUAGCUCAUGGGAAGACGUUUUGGGAAUAUGCUUCUCAUGACCCAAAGCUUGGUAAUUCUUUCAAUGAAGCCAUGGCUAGCGAUGCUCGAUUGGUUAGUAGCGUUUUGAUUGACAAGUGUAAGGGCUCAUUUGAGGGAUUGAAUUCGUUGGUGGACGUUGGAGGGGGCACAGGAACACUAGGCAAGGCCAUCGCUGAUGCAUUUCCAAACUUGGAGUGCACUGUGUUUGAUCUUCCUCAUGUUGUUGCUGACCAACAAGAUAGCGGGAACUUGAAAUAUGUUGGAGGCGAUAUGUUUGAGGAUGUUCCUGUUGCAGAUGCAGUUUUACUAAAGUGGAUAUUACACGAUUGGAAUGACGAUGAAUGCUUGAAAAUUUUGAAAAGAUGUAAAGAAGCGAUCACAAAUCAAGACAAUUUUACAUCGAUCACUAAUCAAGACCGACAAGUGAUGAUAAAAAAGAAGGUGAUUAUAAUAGAUAUGGUACUGAUGGAAGAUAAUGGAGUGAAUGACGAAAUCAGGAAAUCGAUCGAAACACAGCUAUUGUUCGAUAUGUUGAUGAUGACGUUAUUAACAGGUAGAGAGAGGCAGGAAGAAGAAUGGUCUAAAUUACUUUCGGCAGCGGGUUUCAAUGACUAUAAAAUUACUCCUAUAUUAGGGUUAAGGUCUCUCAUUGAGGUUUACCCUUAA